AUGGCCUGGAGACCAGCCCUGUCCACUGCCACAGGUGGAGAGAUUUGUAUCAGGAGUGAAAUCAGAGAUAACCUUUCUCUUUUGGAUGUUGUCUAUGCAAAUCAGUUUGAAGGAGAAAUCAUAGAUACAAAAGUUGCUGAGUGGACGGAAGAAAACUUUUACAGAGGGGCCCCACCCACAUGGUUGAACUACCAUGUUAGCGAACAGGCAAAAUCAGAUGGCACUGGAACUUCUUUCAUUAAAAGAGAUGGAUAUGAUACACUUGUGCAACAAAUUAACGAAAGGAGAAAAGGCUUUGGAACAUCAACGAUUAAAUUAUUCCAUCAACAAGGAUGUGGGGGAACCACACUGGCUAUGCAGGUGUUGUGGGACAUGAGGAAAACCUUCAGGUGUGCCGUUUUAUCAGGGUCAUCCUCAGACAUCACAAAUGUAGCGAAAGAGGUGGUGCACCUUUUCACAGCUGGUGGUCAAGACCACCAGAAGACUGUGCUGCUGUUACUGAAUGAUGAGCAGAUUUUGGAAAACCUGCAACAAAGCAUUAUGAUGGAGACUGAUGAACAGAGAAUAGUCACCCGUGUGCCUGUGGUGAUUUUCUUCAGCUGCGUUAGGAAGAAUGUAGUUUUGCAGAGCGACCACGUCGUCCUAGAAGCAGCACUUUCUGACACAGAGAAGCAAAAAUUCAAUGAGAAGAAGGAGGAGCUCCACAGAAGGUUUAGCAGUGAACAAUGCGAACAGUUCCACGGUUUCAACAUAUUACAAACUAAUUUCUCUCAAGAAUAUGUCAAACAAGCGUGCAAAGUGAUCUGUCCUGUCCCAAGAUCAAAUAGAUCAAAGAGGAUCCAGCUUGUUGGCUUCCUAUCCCUGCUGAAUGCCUACGUACCAGGCUCAUAUCUCCUGGAGAAUCAGUGCCUCGACCUGUUCAAACAUAAAGACAGAUUUGGAGACCUUACCCUGGAGGACAGAAUGAAGCCCUUUAGAAACCUCAUCAUCACCUUCCAACAAGAUCCAAGCUCUGAAAAAAGGGUCCGCAUGGCUCACCCAAUGAUAGCACAGUGUUGUACUGAACUGAUGGCUGAGGCAGGUGUGACCAGAAGUGACACAGCAAGAAACUUCUUGACCCAUUUGUGCAGAGAUGAAGUUCCUCCAUUUUUGUUUGGUUUUGUCAAAGACAUGCUGACCAAAAGAGAAAUGAAAAUGAAAGAGAACCCAAUCAACAGUACAGAGAUCACAGAAAAACAAGUAAAGUUUUCUAAACUUAUUCUAGAUAUUCAAGAGAUGCAGGGCGAAAAGGAGAGCGCAUCAGUAUUAAAGCUGGCAUCAAGGAAAUUUGAUCAAAAUCCAUUUUUCCCACAAGCACUUGCACGAUUUUACUACAUAGAACUAAAAGACUACAAUCAAGCAGAAUUGUGGGCAAACAGAGCGAAGCAAAGAGAUCCCCAAAAUUCAUUCAUUGCUGAUACACUGGGCCAAGUCCAUAAGAACCACUUGAUGAACAAAAAGUCUGAUGUGAAACCAAGAGAAAUCUUGCAGCUGGCCACGAAGGCCAUCAACGCUUUCAAAGAUGAAGAACGACUUGCUGAAAACGAACAGGGGACAGAUAUGAAAGAAGAUGGCAAGACUAAAGUCUCCCAUGUUUUUAACACCAGAGGGCAGUUUGGUUACCUGCAGGUUUGCAACCUUGUGUAUGAUCUACUAGUCAGACAGAACGAAACCUGGAGAGGAGUUCUCACAAAGACUCUGCCCAUUAACUCUGUCCUGGAAUUACCCAGAGACAAGAAACUCUUCAGAUUUAAUGAUCUGAUAAACAGCCUCAGAGACGAGGUUGAGAAAAAAUGUGACUUCUUCGAUAAAUAUUUGACUUACUCAAAGCCUGACAUGAAGAAAGAUGAUGCCACAUACAUUCCUAGAGACACCUCAGAAUGUUACAGGAAGUAUGUUGGAGACUCGCCACCAAGACGAGUCAAAGAAAAAGGGGCUGAAUUCAUCCAGAAACUCAAACAAAACCAGGCUGGCACCUCUGCUGCAGUACUCUCAUGUCUUGACAGAGAAUACACCGAAUCAGAGCUUAAAGAAAUAACCACAUGGUGGAAAAAAAUCUUUGAAUGCAAAAAUUCGAUAAUAGCCCUGAUCAACUACAUCUUUGCUCAUAUCAUAUUAAAACAUAUGGGAAUAAUGUUUUCCCGUAGUUUCUACAGGUUUCUAGGUGAAUUUAGACAGAAAAUGCCCCUGAGCCCCAACGAUGGGCCUGAACAACACAUGUUAGCCCUCCUCUUGUACUGGCCUACUGACAGCAAAGGCAAAUGUGACUUUGACCUUAAUGAAUUGAUUCAUCGUAUGCACUGCUCUUAUGAAAAUACAUAUAAGACAUACUUUCGAUCAAGGCACCUUCGCCCUCUGUUUUUCAUUGGAAAAGGUGAAGACCUGGACAGAAUUGUUCACAGAAAGGUUCUUGAGGAAUCGUUUGAGAAAAAUAAGGAACCAAUACAAAACUGGGCCUACAACUGGAAUAAUGAGGAUAUUUUCCAAGAUCGCCUUCUAAAAAUAGAUGGGGUGGUGCGAAACUACAAACUUCAUGCAACUGUUGGUGGCACCGAGAUUCAGGUGGCUGCAAACAUGAGAAACAGACUGUGGAAACCACGGCAAGUUUCCUUUUACCUUGGAUUCACCAUCAGAGGUCCUGUGGCGUUUGGCAUCCAGACAAAAACUGCAGAAAAAGGUAACAUACUAUCACCUUAGCAUAGUUAAGUACCUACCUGGCGGUAAAGUCAAAUAUGGAUCCUGACAUAUGUCUAAUCAUGUGGAUACUUCUGGAGAUUUUGUGGAAAAAGCAUCUCAAGUGACAUCAUCCCACGUCAAGUUAUGCCAGCCAACUUUCUCUCCAAUAGGGGUCAUGAUCCGGGUGAAGCUGAAGCUUCUUGUACUGGAUAUUUAGUUUGACUUCUACUUCUUCUACUAUAUUUUUUACUACUUUUAUACUUUAUUUUUUUACUAUCUCAUCAGUUGGAGGUGGAGCAGAAGAUGCUGGACCCAGUAAAUGUCCAGCGUCCUGAAUGUGCUGCUGCACCACUUUUAGUAAUGAACUCGAAUCAGCCGCCUCGAAUGAAAACAGUGAUAUGUUAAAGGAAAUUAAUCUCCUAAAACUUUUGUCUUUCGCAUCAUUUAUAUUUUCAGGAUUUUCUUUAUAGAUGUCUGAAGUGUUGACAGUACAAAAGCUCCUUAACCUCUUACAGAAGCGUAUUCAGAGGAGAAUAUUACAGAUUUUGUUAUUGUUUUCUUCCAUGUAAAUAUGAGACGUGUCAAGCAAACACAAUGAAGCAUAAAGGACACACUUGGAUAUAUCUUUUAUUUUUUGUUUUAAUAUUGUUUAAAUUGUGUUUUGAUUUAUGUUCUUCAUUGUCACAACUGUCAGAGCUCCAUUCAAAGUAUGAGAGAAUAUUAUGAUAUAUAAACACAUGAUCUUGGAUAUUUUAUACUCGACUCAAAGCUUUGAUAUGUAUGUUAGGUCACUUUUGAACUAGUUACACUGUUAAAAAUAAUAUGUGACUACUGUACUUUUAAUUUUUACAUUUUAUUACUUUUUGAACAGAUGUUUUAAACUGGAGCAACAAAGACUGUGUUUUCAUUAUUAUUACUAUUUUCAAGUUUAUCUUUUUUUUUAACACUUAGUAAAUGGCUACAAAUCUGUAUGAUGAACAUGGU